GAGCAUUUAUAUCUGAUUCAUUCCUGCGUCUAGCAUUCCAGUAUGAGCCCGAUAUUGAAUAUUAUGCUCAUUCAAAAGUGGUAAUUGGUGCUAUGGACAAGGAAUGUCCGCAUUGUCAUGCUCUGAAAUUCAAAAAUGAGCCAGCUGGGAUGUGUUGCGCGUCAGGAAAAGUGCAACUACCUGAAAUUGAAACACCACCCGAACCAUUGAACGGCUUACUUUUCGGCACGGAUCCAGAUUCUAACGUGUUCCUGAAGUCAAUUCGAAGAUUCAAUUCAUGCUUUCAAAUGACAUCGUUCGGAGCAACAGAAAUAGUUCGAAAUACUAAUGCAAAUGGUCAACAAUUCAAUUCUACAUUCAAAAUCAGAGGCCAAGUUUAUCAUAAAAUGGGGUCACUGCUGCCAAUGCCAAACGAACCACAUAAAUUCUUACAAAUCUACUUUAUGGGCGGCGAGGAUUCCGGAAGCGCACUUGCCAAUCGCGUGAAUGCACGUUGUGAUUAUAAUAACCUUGAUUCACUUUAUGCCAGUCGCAUCGUCAGCGAGCUAGAUGCUCUUUUGAACGAGCACAACGAGUUGUUGAAAAUAUUCAAAUCACAUAUGCACCAAUCACAAAGCGAUAAUCACGCUAUCGUCAUUAAUCCUGAUAAAACACCAGCUGGAGAGCAUAUUCGUAGAUUCAAUGCACCCGUUGUUGAUGAUGUUGCUGGAAUCAUGGUUGGCGAUUGUACAGCUGCACGAGAAAUUGUGAUUCGUAGAAGAAAUAAUAAUCUUCAGUUCAUUGCUGACACACAUCGUUUAUAUGACGCUCUCCAAUAUCCGCUAAUAUUCUGGAAGGGACAAGACGGAUAUUGCAUAAACAUAAAACAACGAGAUCCCGUAUCAGGAGCUGAAACAAACAAGAACGUUAGCUCAAAGGAUUAUUAUGCGUACCGAUUAAUGAUUAGACGUGGCCUGGACAACGUCAUUUUACAAUGUCGUGAGCUUUGUCAACAAUUCAUGGUCGACAUGUACGAGAAGAUUGAGAGCGAACGACUACGAUACUUACGAUAUAAUCAACAAAAGCUGCGCGCGGAAGAGUACAUUCAUUUGCGAGACGCUAUCAACAACAACGCCGACGUCGCCGAAAUUGGUAACCAUGUCAUUUUACCAUCAUCGUACGUAGGCAGUCCAUGUCAUAUGCAAGAAUAUAUACAGGAUGCUCUGACUUUCGUGCGCGAAUAUGGACGACCAUGUUCAUUUAUCACGUUCACAUGUAAUCCAAAAUGGCCAGAGAUUACAUCUUUGCUACUGCCUGGCCAAAAUGCAAUACAUCGCUAUGACAUUACAGCACAUGUGUUCAGACAAAAGUUGAAGUCUUUAAUAAGUUUCAUUACUAAAUCACAUGUAUUUGGUCCCACACGUUUCUGGAUGUAUUCGGUUGAGUGGCAAAAGUGA